AUGGCUGAAAUUACCUUAAAAGAAUAUCCACUGGGCUCUCCGCUAGUGCAUAUUGAAAUGUGUGAAUCCCAUGAAUUACCUAUUGAUAUUAUAUGUGAGGACUGUGAUGAAUUCAUUUGUGCCAGGUGUGCUAAAACAAAUCAUAGAGAUCAUGAUUGGAACACUCUACGCACGGCAGCCACCGAAAGGAGGAGAGGUCUGCAGAAAUUUCUGAAGAAGAUCAAGGAAGAGGAAAUGCCUGGGAUUGAUGAAAAGAUAGCGAAUGUUUCAAAAAAGAUUAUAGAAAACAAAGAAGAGUGUGGCUCUGAGAUUAAAAAGCUACAGAAGCAUUAUGAUGAAAUAAUGACCAGACUGGCAAAAAUCAAAAAUCGCCAUGAAAAAGUGUUGAAAGACAAUUUGGUUAAAAAGAAUGACCGACUGAACCAUGUGAAAUCUGAGCUAAACGAAAAGAAGAGAAAAAUUGUUAAAACCUUGGAAUUCAUGGAGGGGAACAACAGUGCCAUGUCAGAUUACAGCUUGAUUGACAACCACAGAGAACUGACAAAACUGCUUUCUGAAUUAGAGGUUCAAGUGACAAAAUAUGAACACUCAGUGAGAUUUACUACAGGUGAAAUAAAUGAUGACUUUCUUGAAUCUUUGGUUGGAAGAACUUUAGAUUUAGAUGAUGUUUAUUUGGAGGAAACAAGCUCAUUCAAAUAUGGAGACAGACGAAUAAUUUUUUUGAGAGCAUUUUGUGAAGAGCAAUGUUAUUUAAGAAAAUUUGAGUCAGCUAACACUGAACAAGUGAACAAAGAAGGCGAGAAAAAACAUACUUUUAAUAUAAAACCUUUUGACAGUUUUAUUAGUGAUACUAAUGAUGUUUAUUGUACCACUUUUAUCAGCAAAUCGAUCACCUGUCUGUCACCAUCAGGAUCUGUCUCUACAAUCAUAAGUACAGAUCCAUUAGAACCAGGAGGAAUCUGUCAGUCAAUGGCUGGGGGACUACUGGUCACCUUGAUAAACAAGGACUCACAUCCUUACAAAUUAAACGCACACAGCAGACGUCUGGUGAGACACAUCACAUUGACAGGUGAUAUCAUCCACGAGUAUGAGUACCAGGAGGACGGUCACACCAAACUCUUUACAUUACCAGUCAGAGUCACACAGAACAGUAACAGUGAUAUUUGUGUUGUGAACCGUUUAAGUCGAACUACAGGUGAUCUAUUGAUUAUAUCUCCCACUGGUCAUAUUAAGUCUGCCUACUGUGGACAGAACCUUUCUGAGGACUUUUUGCCAACUGAUGUGGUGUGUGACCCCCACUGUAACAUCCUAGUUACAGACCAAAAUAACAGGCAAAUCCAUCUGCUGAGUCCUGACGGAAAGUUUUUAAAGUUCUUACUGACAGAAAAUGAAGUUAACCUUCCAUUCUCAAUUUCUCUAUACAAGUCUUCACUUUGGGUGGGAUACUAUGAAGGACUUGUCAAAGUAUUUCAAUACAAAUCGUAA